AUGACAUCGUACACCACCACCAAGACGAAUUACCUCUCCACCCCCACCUAUGCUUACGAUACUCCAAUGAUUGAAGUGAGCGACAUCAUGAACUCCCCAUCAUCAGUAUCCUCGCCCCAAAGAAGCACCACCACUCCUCCAGCCAACAUGGAUCAGAUGCUUGCCAAAAAGUACUACGAGUCGGACCUCGAUAUCACCAUUUCUGGUAGCCGAAGACCCAUUCAACUUCCGUUGUGCCCACAUUGUGGCGCCGAGCACGUCCGAACCCACACACGAACCCAUCCCAAUGCUGCCACUUGGGCUGGUGUCGGAGUAGGAGCCAUCGUCUUUUUCCCCUUGUGCUGGAUUCCACUCGUGUCGGACGCCAUGAAAAAGACGGACCACUACUGCCAAAACUGCAACAAUAAGAUUGGAUCCGUAAAACCCUUCGAAGGCUUUUGUGUCAAGGAACAAUACUAA